GGCGUGAGUCUGAGCCUGGCAGAUCUCAGCUUCUUCCCUCCUCGUCCUGCUGCAUUUCCCUUCUAGGAGGGAUGCAACGAAAGGGCGGUGGUGGUGGGCGGUAUUGGGCUGUAGCUCCUAUUAGAGUUAAUACGGGAGGGUCAGGGGACAUGGUGAGCAGCUGAAAACUUCAAACCAAACAAACUCUGCGCUGCCCUGCCCCUCUUCACCCCCCCCCCCCUUCCUUGGAAGUUCGAGCUGCGCUGCCUGCAUCAGCAGCCGGGCUGGCAGGAGAAGCAGCAGCAGCCGCCGCCGCCCCUGGAAAGUUGCUCCCCCCGCUGUGCUCCCAGCCCGCUCUGCCCCCCCGCCAGCCAUGGGCUUUGACCUGGAUCGCUUUGCCGAGCCCGUGGACCCGGAUCUCAAGUGCAAACUGUGCAGCAAGGUGCUGGAGGAGCCGCUGUCCACGCCGUGCGGGCACGUCUUCUGCGCCGGCUGCCUGCUGCCCUGGGCGGUGCAGCGGCGCCUGUGCCCCCUGCAGUGCCAGCCCAUCUCGGCCAAGGAGCUGCACCAGGUGCUGCCGCUCAGGAGCCUCAUCCAGAAGCUGGAGAUCAAGUGCGACUACAGCCCGCGGGGCUGCGGCCGGACCGUGCGGCUCCACCAGCUGGCCGCCCACGUCGAGAUGUGCGACUACAGCCCGGCCCGGUGCCGCCACAAGGGCUGCCCGGAGGUGCUCAGCCUGAAGGACGUGGACGCGCACAUGCGGGAGAGUUGCGAGCACCGCCCGGCCGGCAUCUGCCAGCAGGGCUGCGGCUUGGUGCUCCUGCAGCGGGACCUGGCGGGGGGCGCAGCCGGCGGGGGGCACUGCUGCCUGCGGGCGCUGCGCAGCCAGACCAGCAGCCUGCAAGGCCAGAGGGCCAGCCUGGAGCAGGAGCUGAAGCGACAGGCCCUGAAGUGGAGCAAGAGGGAGAAGUCGCUGCUGGCUCAGCUCGCGGCGCUGCAGAGCGAGGUGCAGCUCACGGCGCUCAGGUACCAGGUGAAGUUCAACCAGUACAUGAGCCACAUCAGCAGCAUCACCAGGAACCUGGCCGGCAGCCACCCCUGCAAGGGAGGAGAAUCUAAGCCAUUAACCAUCAUGCUACAAAGAGAAAAUGAUACUUUGGGAUUCAAUAUUGUAGGAGGACGACCCAAUCAGAACAAUCAGGAGGACUCUUCACCUGAAGGAAUUUAUGUGUCAAAAAUCUUGGAAAAUGGACCUGCUGACAAGACAGAAGGCCUGCAAAUUCAUGACAAGAUCAUUGAGGUCAAUGGGAAGGACCUCUCCAAGGCCACUCACGAAGAGGCAGUGGAAGCUUUUCGGAAUGCCAAGGAGCCAAUUGUAGUUCAGGUUUUACGGCGAGCACCCGUUAAUAAAACACAUGGUAGCUCACAGGAUGUUCAGCUUGUGGAUGCUAGCACUCAGACCGACAUCACCUUUGAGCAUAUUAUGGCUCUGGCCAAGCUUAGGCCAUCCACACCUCCAGUACCAGAUAUCUGUCCCUUUCUGCUUUCAGACAGCUGCCAUUCUCUUCACCCAGUGGAGCAUGAAUUUUAUGAAGGUAAUGAGUAUCUUUCCAGCCUGCCUGCUGAUGCAGAUAGAACAGAGGACUUUGAGUAUGAGGAGGUCGAGCUGUGUCGUGUUAGCAGUCAAGAGAAGCUGGGGCUAACUGUCUGCUACAGAACAGAUGAUGAGGAAGACACAGGAAUCUAUGUCAGUGAGGUUGAUCCAAACAGCAUUGCUGCCAGAGAUGGCCGGAUCCGAGAAGGAGACCGCAUUCUGCAAAUAAAUGGCCAAGAUGUCCAGAAUCGGGAGGAGGCGGUGGCAUUGCUCUCCAGUGAUGAAUGCAAGAAAAUUGUGUUGCUGGUUGCAAGACCAGAGAUGCAGCUGGAGGAAGGGUGGCUGGAUGAUGAAAGGAAUGAAUUCUUAGAGGAGUUAAACUUGGAAAUGUUGGAAGAACAGCAUAAUGAAGUAAUGCAGUUCACAGCCAAUGAGGUGGAGCAGCCAAAAAAGCAUGAGGAGGAGGACGGCACAACGGACACUGCAACCUCGUCAUCCAAUAACCAUGAGAAGGACAGUGGAGUGGGGCCUACAGAUGAGAGUCUGCGUAAUGACGAGAGCUCAGAGCAGGAGAAUGCACCCGAUGAGCAGAACAAAACGACACUGCGGAGCACCCGGGAGCUGGGACAGAGCCAGGAUACGUUAGGAAGCAUUGAACUCCAGUGCAAUGAAAGCUUUGUGUCGGGGGAAUACAUUGAAUCUGAUUUCAUUGGAAACCAAGAUGAGGAGUGUGAAAGGUUCCGGCAGCUGCUGGAGCUCAAGUGCAAGAUUAGAAACCACGGAGAGUAUGAUCUGUAUUACUCGAGCAGUACAAUACAGUGUAACAGAAGGGAGCAAGAUGGGGUGGAGCAUGAGCUACAGUUACUCAAUGAGGAACUGAGAAAUAUUGAGCUUGAGUGUCAGAAUAUAAUGCAGGCUCACAGGCUUCAAAAGGUGAAGGAUCAGUAUGGAGACAUUUGGGCAUUACAUGAUGGAGGAUUCAGGAAUUAUAACACCAGCGUAGAUGUACAAAGAGGUAAACUGGAUGAUAUCAUAGAGCACCCAGAGAAAUCUGACAAAGACAGCUCUAGUGCUUACAACACAGCAGAAAGCUGCAGGAGCACUCCACUGACUGUAGAGCAGUCCCCUGAUAGCUCGCUCCAGAGAAUGAUCAGCAUCACCAACAGGAAAAACCUGAGAAGCACAAUUGUAGCUAAUCAGUUGUGUCCUGGACAGAGUGGUAGGGAGGUAACACCAUCCAAAACCACUGAGCAAAACAGCACUGUUGAAGAGAAGGAAACGGUUGCAGAAAGUAGCAAUUUCACAGACCAGGAGAAGCAAAGCACUGAGCACAUUCCUUACCUAUCUCCGUAUCAUAGCUCUUCAUACCGGUAUGGGAAUAUACCUGCUCAUGCAAAGCAUUAUCAAAGCUAUAUGCAGCUGAUCCAACAGAAAUCCGCAGUGGAGUAUGCCCAAAGUCAGCUCAGUCUAGUGAGCAUGUGCAAAGAUUCACAGAAGUGUACAGAGCCCAAAAUGGAAUGGAAAGUGAAAAUAAGGAGUGACGGAACAAGGUAUAUCACUAAGAGACCAGUGCGAGACAGAAUCCUGAAGGAACGUGCCUUAAAGAUUAAAGAGGAGCGCAGUGGGAUGACGACAGAUGAUGAUACGAUGAGCGAAAUGAAGAUGGGUCGUUACUGGAGCAAAGAGGAGCGGAAGCAGCAUUUGGUGCGAGCCAAAGAGCAGAGGCGGCGGCGAGAGUUCAUGAUGCGGAGCAGGUUAGAGUGUCUUAAGGAAAGUCCACAGAGCGGCAGUGAGGGCAAAAAAGAAAUUAACAUUCUUGAACUUAGUCACAAAAAGAUGAUGAAAAAAAGAAACAAGAAAAUCUUGGACAGCUGGAUGACAAUCCAAGAACUGAUGACACAUGGUGCUAAGUCUCCAGAUGGGACAAGAGUGCACAAUGCCUUUUUAUCAGUUACUACUGUAUGAACACAACUAUUUCAAAGAGUAUACUACCAGUUUAGGUAGAGUACGAUUGCCUCGUUCAAGGUGGCAUUUUUAUAUAUUUUGUGACUGUUUAUAGUUUGACCUUUUUUGUAAGCAAAAUUACUUGAUAAUUUUUCAGUUGUUUUUCACAUAAUGGUACCUUCUUUAGCCGGCAAUCUUUCUUUACUCUGCAAUAUAUUCAUAAUAUUCAUUUCUAUAAAAAAAGAAAAAGAAAAUAAAAAAAUGGAGGAGACAAUUAAUUUCUUACCCUAAUGUAUGUAUUGUAAGUUAAGAUCUGGAUUUAUUUCUCUAGUUUUCUUUUUUCUACUUUAGUAACAAUACAAUACCAAAACAAAAUGCUUUAUACAGUAUCCUUACUUACUGGCAUAACAAGCAGUUCAAUUUUUACACCUUAUAUUGCAUCUGUUAAUAAGUCACAUGCCACGUAUUGUUGUACAGCUAAGAAUGACCCUUUUCCAACAACCCAUUGUACAGUACAUUUAACCUGUAAAUUGCAAUUGUAUUUGUCCAAGUAAAGUGUAAGUGGGCAAUUCUCCCAUGGUAUGUAGUGGCAUUGGUCAUGUAGCUAGCUAAUAUGUGAUAAUUGUGAAGAUCAAAGAGGAAUAAAUUAUUGCUUAUCUUUA